AUGGAACGUAUCAACUCGGCCAACGAGCUUGACGAAGCCACAAAGGUUGAGACCGCCGAAGCUCUAACAAAGUCCCGCCAAUUUCUAACGACUCGUCUGCUUCCGGACCUCGAUCGAGCCAAUCGCGAACAUCAGAGCCUUGUGGCGCAAAUUGACGAAUACAAGAAGCUUCGUGAUGCUCUCAGGCUGUUUGAUAACAAUGCUACAAGUAAAGGGAAGGUGGGGGAUACGGUUCUGGCUGAUGUGGGAAGCGGGGUUGCUGUCGAGACGAAACUAAUCGAGUAUGAGAAGCCGAUCAUCUCACUCGGUCUGGCCAACUUCUAUGCUCAGCUGACAAACAGGGAGGCAAGAGCGUUUAUUACCAAGAAGCUUGAUUUGUUGGAGACGAAGCGAGAUAGAGCAAUAGACAAGCUUGCUCAGAUCGAAGCACACAUUCAUCUGACAUCAACAUCAAUAACACAGCUCGACAAUUUGCAUCGCGGAGGGUCGAUUGUGGAUGACAUCUGA